AAGCGGUGGGAAGGGGGGAUUGUGGCAAUGAAGCGAGCGGCGGUCACGGAGGUUGGGCAGGGCUUUUCUCAAACUUUAAAGAGACGUUUUAGAGCAGAAACUCGCCCGAGAAAAGAUAUUUCAGAAUAUCGAUCUUUUAAUGCGGAGAUCCUGGCAGCAUGAGUUUAUUUACAUGUAUCCUAAUGUCUUGUUUUGCUUCUGACCUUUUAAGCAAAUGUCUUCUAGGACUGUGCGCCUAAAUACACUUGUGUGUGGGGUUUGCUGCCUUCUGAGGGCUUCAUUCACGAAGUCGGCGUAUAAAACCUCGAUGAAACCAGUGGCAUGUUGGAGAUAGAUGUCUUGCACCUUUUCCUGAACUUUGGAAGUUUUGCGAUGCUACAAUAAUGUCUUUUGAAACAAAUAGCAAGGGGAAGUGUUUUGCCUCAGUUUCCACCAGGAAAAAUCAGGAAGAGAAAAUACUUACAACCAAACUCUCCCAGAUCAAAACAAAUAAAACUACAAAGAAGAAUUUAAUAUUCGAUGAUGAAGAUUUGGAAAAGCCUUAUUUCCCAGACCGAACUCUACCAUCACCGACAAUUGCCUUUGAGCUGUCCAACAAUGGGGAAGAGAUCCCUUGUACAAUUAAUAGAUACCUACGUGAUUAUCAAAGAGAAGGGGCCCAGUUUUUCCAUGGACAUUAUGUUCGUAAAAGUGGGUGCAUUCUUGGAGAUGAUAUGGGGCUUGGGAAAACGAUCCAGGUUAUUUCAUUUCUGGCUGCAGUGCUAAAGAAAAAGGGAACACGUGCAGAUAUUGAAAAUAAUAUGCCUGAUUUUUUGCUACGAACGAUGAGGAAAGAUAUGUCAUCUGUUCCAAAGAAAAUUUUCUUGAUUGUGGCCCCUCUUUCUGUGCUCUAUAAUUGGAAAGAAGAAUUAGAUGUUUGGGGGUACUUCAAGGUUAUAGUUCUGCACGGCAACAGAAAAAGGCACGAGUUAAAUCGAAUCAAGCUGGGAAAAUGUGAAAUUGUGCUAACAACCUAUGAAGCACUUCGCCUUUACUUGAAUGAGCUUAAUAGCUUACAGUGGUCAGCUGUCAUUGCAGAUGAAGUACAUAGAAUCAAGAAUCCAAAAUCUCAGAUUACUCAGACAAUGAAGGCUCUAACAUGUAAAGUUCGGUUGGGACUUACUGGGACAAUUUUACAGAAUAACAUGAAAGAGCUUUGGUGUGUUAUGGACUGGGCUGUACCUGGGCUGUUGGGUAGCAAAACACGUUUCAAGACAGAGUUUUCUGAGCCUGUAGAACUUGGCCAGCGGCACACUGCAACUAAAAGAGAGCUAGCCACAGGUCGAAAGGCAAUGACAAAGCUAGCUCAAAAACUAUCGGGCUAUUUCUUAAGGCGUACAAAGGCUCUCAUCAGUGACCAGUUGCCCAAGAAAGAAGACAGAAUGGUAUAUUGUUCUUUGACAGAGUUCCAGAGAACGGUUUAUAACACUGUAUUGGAGACAGAAGAUGUGCAGUUAGUUCUGCGGGCACGUGAAGCAUGUAGCUGUAAUAGUGGCCGUAAAAGGAAGAAUUGUUGCUACAAAACAAAUGCUCACGGCGAAACAAUGAAUGCGUUAUAUUUCAGUUAUUUGACAGUCCUUCGUAAGAUAGCAAAUCAUGCUGCCCUGUUACAGACGGAGAACACUAGCAAACAGCAGGAGGCCUAUAUCACAAGGAUCUGCAGCCAUGUUUUUUCCAAGUUUCCUGAUUUUGUGGACCUUAGCAAAAAUGCUGCUUUUGAAACUCUUUCUGAUCCAAAAUAUAGUGGGAAAAUGAAAGUCCUUCAGAAACUUUUAAAUCAUUUCAGAAAAAACAAAGAUAAAGUGCUUCUUUUUUCUUUUUCAACAAAGUUACUUGAUGUUCUGGAACAAUAUUGCAUGGCAUCUGGGCUAGAUUACAGGAGACUCGAUGGCAAUACAAAGGCAGAGGACAGAAUCAAAAUAGUAAAAGAGUUCAACAGCAUGGAAGAAGUUAACAUUUGCCUGGUUUCUACAAUGGCUGGUGGAUUGGGUCUUAAUUUUGUUGGUGCUAAUAUUGUUAUACUGUUCGAUCCAACAUGGAAUCCAGCUAAUGAUCUUCAAGCCAUUGACAGAGCAUACAGAAUUGGCCAGCGUAGAAAUGUGAAAGUAUUUCGGCUAAUUUCUUUGGGGACUGUGGAAGAGAUGAUGUACUUACGACAGAUUUACAAACAGCAACUGCAUUGUGUAGCAAUUGGAAGUAAAAACGCCAAGCGAUAUUUCAAGGCAGUUCAAGGAUCAAGAGAGCAUCAAGGAGAACUUUUUGGGAUUCGUAAUCUUUUCAAACUUCAAGACCAUGGAUCCUGUCUUACAAAAGAGAUUCUAGAGAGAGAAGGUCAAGUAGAAGCUGGUGUCAUGACAGUUGCUACGUGGUUGAAAGAGGGAUCCCGGCCUCAUGAGGAGAUAGAAUGCGAUUAUGAAGAUCAAGAUACAAAACCAUUAGAAAAUGAAGGACUUGAGUGUUCCAGUGACUUCAGUGAUGAGGAGCAUGAAAAAAAGUCUAAGGUCCAAGGAAUAAGAAAGAGAAAUUACAAAGCAAAACAUGGCAAAGUUGCAGAGGGACAACUGAGUUUACUGCAGUGUGGAUUUCCUAAGCUUCUAGAAAAGAAAACUAGAACAGCCAAGGAUUGUGGUUGCAUUGAGAUUUCUGUUGGUGAAAAUGCUGAUCACAGAUUUAUAAGAGAGCAAUCCAAAGGAAAGGCCCAGAAUGAUGGUUCUGUGAAAAUUGAAGGCAGGAACAUUUCAGGAUGUAAGAAAACUUUGCUGUCAAAAAUGAGUACAAGAGAAAGACAAGAGAAACAUGGUGAAAUAGUAAAGAGGGCUUAUCCUGUUUUACCAUUCUCUGAGGAAGAAAAGGAUCAAUGUAAAAACAUGUAUAAUUCAAAUAAAGAUGGAAGAGUUAUGGACAUUGAAGACAGCUCAAGUGAAAAUGAUAUUAUCUUUCCUUCCCAAUUUCCUAAUGGUCAGGAAUCUAUUAAAAGAUUUCAAGAGACAGACAAAAACCGUGACGUUUUAGCUGCAGAAAAAAGGCAUUUACUUACACCAUUGCAAAAACAUUUGACUUCCGAGGAGAGUUAUGUAAAUGUUUUGCCUUUCAGUAAAUUAAAACCAUUUGAAAAUAUCCGAAAGAUAACAGCUAGGAAUGAAGUAAGUGAUGUUAGCGACGAAUCUGAAGAUAUUGAGAUGUCCAUUUCAGGAAAGCAGAAAUUAACCAGUACUAUGAAACAAAAACGAUUCCAGAACAAGAAAAUAAAUAAGUCUUCUAAAACUGUUGUUCAUAGAAGCAGUCAGCGUAGGAAAGGAAGCAAUGCUGAUUCUCAGAUUAUAGAGGAAUAUUCAUCAGAAGAAGAACAUUUUCCAGUUAUUAAGAAGGUUAAUGCUAGUGAAAAAAAACUAACAGUAAAGGGCAAUAGGAGUGGAAUUCAGAUGAUGUCCAGAUUCUCACCACAUCUCAAUUAUCCUUCUAUGACAUUGAGAACACAAAGUAAUUCUAGCAGAUGGCAGUCUUCUGUAAGCAAAGAGUCACCAUCAGGCCAAGGACAAAAAAUAGGAUCACUGGAUGGACUUUUUGAUAAUGUUGCUGAAGUUCCAUAUGUCCAUUCAAACCAACAUGUGGUUGGCCCAAGCAAAGCUGAAAAUAAAAUGAGUCAUUGGGCAGUCCGCGAUGUUUUUGAACUACAACAAUUUUCCCAGCUCCCAGCAAACUUAGCAGUAUGCAGAGCCAAGAGAAGCAGAGAGAGUCCUGAAGAUGUUUCAUCAAAGAGAAAAAAUGUGAAGCAGGAUCAUUUAACAAGUGAAACCAGCAGGCCUCCUCUCCUUUAUAUUACACAUCCUGUACACCAGAAACAGAAGAGGGUUCACCGGUUAGGCUCAAUUACCUUCCUGGUUGGAAAGACACCUAGAAAAAUCCGCAGGAAGCAGUUUGAGGAGUUGGCAGAUCUUUUUUAUAAAGCUCCUGUGGAAGAAUUUGCCAAGUACAUCACUCAAACUACAUCAGAAGAAAGGCAGGAAAUGUUGAAAGAAUUUUACAGUGCAAAGCAUCCAGAGUUAAAAGAUCUUUUAAAAGUUGAUGUCCCAGCUUCUGUUUCAGAUGGAAACAAGGAAGGCGGCAAGUAUAAAACCAAGUUCAGGAAAAAACCCUCCAUUUCUAACCCUGGGCAAUUGAAGCCUGAUCUUCCUUUAGAUCCAUGUGUUCCAGGUAGAUCUGAUGGUGAAGACAAACAAUUUCAGCAUAAGCUUUCUGUACAGGCUCCUGGAGGUCAAAAUGGGGAAGACAAACAAUUGCCAGCUGAUAUUCCCGAAGACAGCAUUAAUGGGAAAAACAGUCAGGCAUCCAAAGACUUUAUGGCAUCUGAGUCACUAACUGAUAAAUCAAGAAUAAUUGAGGGACUGUCUGCAAGUAGUUCUAAAGGACAGCUGAAUUUGAAGGGGACACUGUCGCCCAAAAAACGACUGAUGUCUGACUCGGAAAGCAGACAGGCUGAAAUCUGCCAGAAAAAUGCUGUUGCAGACUUGCUAGGAGACACCUCUAUUUUAAAUGACCUCUUCACAAGUAAUGAAAAUAGUCCAGCCGAGAUACCCAGGAGGCCCCUUAAUGGGCCUGCGGAAAAAGCAGCAACUCGACCAAAAGAUUUCUGGGACAUGCUGAAUGAAGAGAAUGAGGAGUGUCUCCAAAGACUCACAGAUGUGACAGCCAUACAGAAACUGUGUGAAAGACCGUCUUUCACUUCUUUGUUCAAAGAGAAAGAAGAGAGUGAGAAAUCACUUUGGAAGGAAAAUGACAAUUUCUUAUGGAAAAUAGAUAAGAAACUUGACACAGAUGAUGAAUCUUUUUCUGGUAUUUAAUCUGGAAUUUAAAUAUUGAGGGGGAAAAAAGAUAAAAAUGUUCACAAACAUCCUUAAUGUUUUAUUCCCAUAACUGGCUUAAUGCAUUUAAUUAAUUAAAUUAAAAAACUUAAUGCAUUUCAAGCUUUUUAAAAAGCUUUUUCAAAGAUACCUUCCUUUCUUUUACAAAGAAAAUGUAUGUAUUUAUUUUUCAGCCAUUUUCUAUCUGUUUUAAGGAAGUUGCAAGAAAGAAAAAGACAAGCCUUUAAAAAGAAUUGAAGAAAAUUCAGAGACAUUGAGUGGGUAUUUUCUUCCCCAUCUUCUGUUUUUUCAGUGGGAACUGGAACAAGUAGAUUUGAAAAGCUGAACAGCUUUUCUGCACAUUUGCAAAAGGCAAGUGAGUCACUUGAUCAGUUUGAAGGGAAUCAAUUUUAUUUCAAUUUCUAAUUGGCAAUGCAAUUUCAAAACUUUAUUCAAUCUGUAGAUUUUAUUAAUUUGCUUUGUAGUCAAAUCUCCACAUUGAAAUUUCCCUUGCCUACAAAGUAUUAUACUUCCUUAUAUGAAAAAGCAGCAUCUUGAGGAGGUUAAGCAGAAUCUCAUUUUCUUUGCAUGCAAGCUCUGAGGUUGACCACAUUCCUCCCUUUCUACUUAGUUAAGUUACAUGUAUUUUUAUCAUGUAUUUAGUGUGGUCAGGGCACAACAGAUAUUGUAGUGUUGUGUAGUGAAAAACUAUACUCUUUUAAAUUGUUCAUGCUCUGGUGAUAUUUGGAUCAUAAGGGUUUCUUUUACAUUUCUGAAGCAACUGAAAACUCAAUUUGGACUACAUUGAAAACAAUGUAGACUUGGACUUAAAAAUAAAAACAAAGUAAUCUGUAAAUAUUUGGAAAUUGUGUGGUUAUAUACCAAUUAAAUCUUGUUUAGAACAGAUUCAUCAAAAUAAUGGGACUUUUAGAUUUAAAUUCCAAUUUUUCAGUAGGUCUUCCCUGAGCAUUAAUAAAUUUGGAUACAAUUCAAAAUGCUUUGAAAGUACUCAAUGAAUUACAGGAGAUAGUUGUAUACUACAAUUCGGAGAAUAUUUGGACACAGCGAAAUUCCACUGUGAUGAUAUAAAUAGCAGUACAAGACUGCCGUGGAUGAAUUAGUAUUUCUACCUAUUUGAAACUAAAAUGAUCAUUGUAUGAAGUAUAUGGUAAUGUCCCCUUAUCUGUUUUUAUUUAAAAAAUGAAUUGCAUUUUAAUAAAAACUUCUUUUUUUAAAAAAGCAUUUUAAUAUCUGAAAUUAUCAUUAUUAUUUAUGUGUGGGAUAUCUUCUUGGGCCCAUAAGAACUCUGGAUGUUAGAAUUUAGCACAACUUAAAAAGACAAAUCUUUCAUUAUGUUCUACUAUUCAUCCAUUUUUUUAUAAUUUGAAAUCUGUUAGGCUACAAUGCCUCACUGAAAAUCUCUCACCAACUUUGCUGAGUGGAUUGUAUCUUUUCACUUCAAUACAAAAUUUUUGCAGAUCAGCAAAAAUCACAUUAUGAUAUUGGCUAUUUUACCUGUAAACAGUUCUGUGUCUAUGUACUGUAAAUUAUUUUAAACAUUGCCUAACUACAUUUCACCAAAGCUAUGUGGUUGUGACAUAUUAUUAAAAAAUGAUUAGGAAACUUUAACUUGGAUAAUAUUAUUGUUAACCGUCCUUUUGAAAAUACAAAUAUUUCUUGCUUAAAAGCAUAAAAGCGUAAAUUGUAUGCCCCUGUGAAGUCU